CUGCCCACGGUGCCCUGCGCGGUGUUCAUGGCGGGGGCCUGAGGGGGGGUUGGAAAGAAGGCCAUUGGUGCGGAUCCCAGCAGUGCCCCAGCUCAACACAGAGGUGGACACCACAGCCCCCACCCAGCGCACACGCGGGGCUCCCUCCCAUGCCAGCUCAGCUGUUCCCUCCAUGGGGAGCGCUGGUCCAAAGGUCUCCGUGCCAGGCAUCUGCUCUCUAAACCUGCCCUGACAUUGCCAGCGCCAGACCAGCCAUGUCCUUCAAGCGCAGCCAGAAGCUGCACCUGCUGCGCCUCGCCGUGCUGCUCGUGGUGGUCCUGGCCGGCAUCAAGUUCCUCUUCCGAGACAGUUUCACCCUGGAGCUGCACAAGCAUGUCAGCAAGGACAGCGACUUCUGGGGCAAGGGCGGGGAUGUCCUCCCGGAGCCCGACCCCCGCAGCCAGCCCCUGGACCCGGAGGCUGACCAGAUCGCGGGGCCCAAGCAAGAUGCCAGGAAGCAGCUCUCCAAGGACUUCAGCGCCACCGAGAUGAGGCUGGUGCACCUGGACCUGAAGGGCGCUGCCCCCAAGGUGUCCUACCUGGAGCAGUUGUUCCCGCUGCUGUCCAGGCUGGGUGCCAAUGGGGUCCUGAUCGAGUACGAGGACAUGUUCCCCUUCAAGGGCGAGCUCGGGGUGCUGCGGGCUCCCUACUCCUACAGCGAGGACGACCUAGAGCGGAUCCAGCAGCUGGCACAGCUCAAUCAGCUGGAGGUGGUUCCCUUGGUGCAGACCUUCGGGCACGUGGAGUUCAUCCUGAAGCACGACCAGUACCGGCACCUGCGGGAGGUGGAGCGCUUCCCCAACAGCUUCAACCCCCACGUCCCAGACACGCUGGUUCUGCUCAAGAGCAUCCUGGCCCAGGUGAUGGACAAGCACCGCCGCGCCAGCUGGAUCCACAUCGGCGCCGACGAGGUCUUCCACCUGGGCGAGGGCACGGACUCCAAGCACUGGCUACGCAACCAGGGCGACGUGGGGAGGAUGUACCUCAACCACAUCAAGGAGAUUGUGAGCUUCCUCGUGAGCCAGUACUGGGGGCUCCGGGUCCUGCUGUGGGAUGACAUGCUGCGGAAGAUCAACGUGGCCACCCUCCGAGAAUCGGGCAUUGUGAAGCAUGCGGCACCCAUGGUGUGGUACUACGCGCCCGACUUUGAAGCGGAGCAGAUUGGAAACUUCAUCUCUAAGUACGCGGACAGCGGCUUCCAGACCGUGUGGUUCGCCAGCGCCUUCAAGGGCACCACGGGACCAGCCCAGCAGUGGACACCUCUGAGCUACCACCUGAACAACCACCUGAGCUGGCUCAAGGUGAUCCAAGCCAUGCCCAAAUUCCCGGCCAUCAAGUUCCAGGGCAUCGCCCUCACGGGGUGGCAGAGGUAUGACCACUACUCUGUGCUGUGCGAGCUGCUGCCCGUGGGCAUCCCCUCCCUGGCCGUGUGCCUGCAGACCCUGGUGAACGGUGGAUUCACGGACGCCACCAAGAAGAAAGUCCUGGAUGUCCUGGGCUUCCAGAAUAUCCACCUGGAGAAGAGCACGUGUGAUGGAGGUGGAGGGUUCCCCGGCUCCGAGAUCUACCGCAUAGUGGAGCAGAUCAAUGGCCACCUCAGGGACAGCAUCAUCAAGGUCUUGGAGGAGGAGAGUGCUGUCAAGGGAUGGUUCAGCCGUUACCACAGGAAGCACCAGUUUGGCAACCCCCGCAACAUGGAGAGCUUCGGCAGCAAGGUGUUGAAGGUGCAGGAGGACUGGGAGAACCUGGUGCAGACCCUCCGCGCCCACCUGGAGAGCAUCUUCUUCCCUGACCUGGUGGAGGAGUGGAUGGAGGAGAACAUCAACCCCUACCUGGACCGCCUGCGGGCCUUUGUUAAGGACUACCGUGAGGUCAUCCGCCUCAACGCCCGGCCCAAGGUCUUGUAGGGGCCAGAGCCCAGGAGGGGCCUGCUUGGCUGCUCCUGGCACUGCGGUGGCUCCAGCCAGGGUGCAUCUCCCUGCACGGGGCUGCUUGGUGCCCCCUGGGCUAGACCCCCGCACUGCCCCUCUUCCCAUCGCUGCCAUGGAGCAGAGCAGCCAAGAAUCCCCACUAGUGUCCCUGGCUGUGGCUGCAGCAGCGGUGCCCAGGGUGGGGGACACCUCUGCUGGUCUGUGGACCAUUGCUGCCAUCUGGAAGCUGCCAGAGGCCACCUUGCCCAGCCAGGCUCCUGCACCAAAGGCCCUGGUGCUGGUACAAGCUGCUCCGUAGGUGCACGGGGGAAGCAGGCCCUGCGAGCUGUGGCACUUCGUGUAGUUGCAAGCGACACGUAGGAACCAGGCAGGUCUGUGCCCUUCCCCUGUGCCCCAAGGCUGAAGCUGUAGUUUCAUUUCCCUCUGCCUUUCCCUGAAGCCAGCCAGCAUCAGGGGUUUGGGAGCCUGCCCCCCCCCCCACACACACAGGUGUGUGAGCACCCCCUGCUGUCCCACAACAGUGCUGCACCCUCGUUCCCAGGCAUCACCGAGGCUGGUGCAUUGACCCAGCACAACCUCCUAGGCCGGGGCAGCGCGGGGGCCGGGGCUGGACAUGGGUGUUGGUUCGUGCAUGGCUCUGGGCAGAGCACAUCCCAGUCCCUACGUCGGAGGUUGGAGCCGGGUGGUUUUCCGAGUGCGGCUUCUGCAAAUAAAGUAUUUUC